GCUCCGUGAACGCGGAAGAGCUUCAGCUGCGCUCAUUUUAAUCGUGGGAUAUUAGUUGUCGUUGUAGUAAUGUCUUAUCGUAACGUUUCCAGAGAGGCACUGGUUGGCACCAUCACACUUGGGGCUGUAUUUGUCGCCGGCUAUUUGUUUGGGAGAAAGAAAUUGUGCAGGAUGAGCAUCUCCAAAAGUCACUGUGAGGCAAAAGACAACCCGCUGAUGCAGUAUGUUCUCAAUCACUCCAUGAGGGAGCAUCCAGUCCUGCAGAAGCUCAGACUGAGGACAAUGGAGGACUCCAUGAAUAUGAUGAUGGUUGCCUGUGAGCAGUCGCAGUUCAUGGCCAAUUUGACAAAACUAAUAAAAGCCAAGAAGGCAAUCGAGAUUGGAGUGUACACAGGUUACAACACCCUGAACAUAGCACUGGCAUUGCCUGAAGAUGGAGUUGUGAUAGCAUGUGAUGUCAGUGAAGAAUACACCAACAUUGGCAAACCGUUCUGGAAAGAGGCCGGAGUCGAGAAAAAAAUUGAUCUACGUCUUCAACCUGCAUUGAAAACUCUUGAUGAGCUCUUGUCUUCUGGCCAGGCUGAAACAUUCGACUUCGCCUUCAUUGAUGCAGACAAAGUUAACUAUGACAACUAUUACGAAAAGUGUCUGCUGCUGUUGAGAAAAGGAGGCCUCAUUGCAAUCGACAAUGUGCUGUGGGGUGGAAAGGUGCUGGAUCCGGCAGGCGAUGAAGAUACUGUGGCCAUCGACAAGCUGAACAAGAAGCUGCUUAGAGAUGCUCGAGUUACCCUGAGCAUGCUCACAGUGGGAGAUGGUCUCACCCUGGCUAUGAAACUAUAGGACACCGAGUGAAAACUACCAUUUACAGGCUUUCUAAGGCAACACUCGGAUACAGUGUUGUUGUAUAGUUAGCUAAAAUCUUAGAGGGAAUAUGUGAUUGUAGCUAAAACCUUGCUACCUGAACUCAUGUCACUCCAUGUUACAGUGAUUAAAAACAAUGUGUUUUUAUGUCAUUUAAA